AUGGAUGUGGUUAGGGAUGUCAUAGGGGAGGUUGGAGCUGCCCAUGUGGCUGGGAUUCCGCUUUCCACAGAACUGGGGAAGGAUUUGCUGAUUUGGAAUGCUGAAAAGCAUGGAGAUUUUUCUGUUAAGACUGCCUAUCAUCAUCUGUCUGCCUCUAGACGCAACAAUAGACCUGGAUCCUCUUCUAGUGAUCUUGACCCUCUAUGGAAACCUUUGUGGAAGGCGCCUAUUCCUAACAAGAUUAAGGAGUUCAUAUGGAGGCUUGCUAAAGACAUUCUCCCUACUCGAAGCAACGUUUGUUCGAAAGGUAUUACUAUUGACCCCUCUUGUCCCUUUUGUGAUAGCUGUCCGGAAACUUCUGCCCACCUCUUUGUGCAUUGUUCUUUUAUAAAGCGCAUGCUUUUUGCUGGCACUUUGGGAGUGAGAAUCCCGUCUGUAAGGGAUGCGUGUGAGUGGCUUCUGCAGGUGUUUAAAAGUAAGGAUUUAAAUAUGGUGCAAUUUGUUUGUUUCGGAUUAUGGAAAGUUUGGCAGGCUAGGAAUUCUGUUGUGUUUAGAAAUGCUAACCCUUGCCCAUUAUUGCUAGCAAAUGAGGUUUGCUGCUCCGUCAGUGAGUUUAACGCUAGUAGCAAUGCCGCCACUCUUUCCUCGUUGCACGCACAGUUAGAAGGUAAUGGUGGUAACUGUUGGUCGAUUCAGACAGACGCGGGAUGUUUUGAAGGUGGGGUGGUGGUCCUAGGAUGUGUGAUCAAAGCUCCCAAUGGUGAUGUUUUAAUGGUUGCGACUCAAAGGAUGUCGUGUUUUGCUUCCCCAAGCAUUGUUGAAGCUUUUGGUAUUAAAUGGGGCCUGCAACUGGCUAAGAAUGCUCAGAUUGAUAAUGUUACGGUCCAAUACGAUGCUCUUGGUGUUGUGGACUGCGUUAAUGGUGUUAGCUAUGCGGUUGAUCUUGAACCUAUAGUUUUAGAUUGUCAGUUUUUAAUUAAAUCUUUUGUUUCUGUUGCUGUUUUGUUUGUUGGUAGAAACAAUAUUUCUGAUGCCCAUAAUUUAGUUAGCUUGGGCCGUGUUGUUGGCUCUCGUACCUGGCUUGGCUGUAUCCCUCUUUUGGAGGAGAAUUCUGUAUCCUUGGCUCCUUUGGCCUAUCCUUAA